UAUAGUCAGAGUACCCCCGGGUCCCCGACUUGGGGGGAUCCACAGAAAAAUCAGUGAAACCAAGUGACUGUGAGUCUGUGACUCAUUUUGCAGACGGUGAAAUAAGAGGUGUAUAUAUUUGUGUGCAUGGUGUUGGGGGCCAUGGAUUCUCUCUCUUCCGGCUUUCAAUCUUUCUUGCUUUAGUACGUGUUUGCGUUCUGCUUUGGUCUGACGUGAAAGAAGGAGUAGAAGAAAACAGAACCUAACAAAUAUUGUCUUCAAUUUCACGGUAGCGAUGCCGACCAGAUUUGUAAUGCGGGUUGUGCAGGGCUUGCACACGGUGGAGUUUUGAAACCAGGUUUAGUUUGAUAUUUUUCCAGCCAGUGAAACUUUUUGGCGGAGAUUUACUGUCAUAUACGCCGAGAACAAAAACUGUGUACGGCCUCUUCGCCUCUCUGGUCAUUUCCUUGAUUUGAUUGUUUUUUGGUUUGACAUGGAAUACUACUUAGUACUGGAUUCAGUAGUGGAAUCUUUGGCCUAAGUUUUCUCAGUUUCGUUUCCAGGGGAAAAAAACAAUCUGGGUUGCAUCCAAAUUCUGACAGUUCACUUUACUCUUUAAGCUUCGUGUCUCACCGUUUUGACCAAUUGAUUUGAACGCUCGCCGGACUUUAGUUGUGUCGUCUUGUGUUUUGUAUCGGUUUGCAUACCAGUGUUCGGAAUCUCUUACCUUUGAACCUUUGAGGCUUCAAUCAUGGCGAAACACGUCUUGCUUUUUGAGCGAAAAGGGUAACUAGAUCCAAUGACGACGUUACCAUUUUGAGAAAUUUUAUUCCAACAUUUCACUGAAUCAGCGCAGGGAAAAGUGAGGUGUGGAGGGGCUUUUACAAAAAGUAUUCGUGUGAAACGGUGAAAAGGGUCUUGUCAUUUGUUGCUCUGCUAGCUCUGAAUGGAACGGUGAGCAUGUCGUUCGUACAUGUCUCGGAAUCCAACAUGGUGGGGGCUGAGUAAUAAUGCUUGUGGUUUUGUUCGUGUCGCUUUACUCAUGUGCUUCCGUCCUUGUAUUGAGAUGGUUCUGAUGGGUUUCAACAAUUGGAUCUGUUGAAGAAAAAGGUUUCUUCGUAAUAGUAUUGUCCAUGAGUCAAGAACAGAAGCGAGGGAAGGAGGAGAAAGGCUCGGAUGGAGCUGAGAAGGUUGUCGUUGCGGUUAAGGCAUCGAAGGAAAUUCCCAAGACAGCUCUGGUGUGGGCCUUGACCCAUGUUGUUCAACCCGGGGACUGUAUUACAUUGCUUGUGGUUGUCCCUUCGCAAAGUUCGGGAAGAAAACUAUGGGCUUUCCCCAGAUUUACCGGGGACUGUGCUGGUGGUCACAGGAAAUCUUAUUCUAUGUCAAGUUCAGAGCAGAACUGUGACAUUACAGAUUCUUUCUCCCAAAUGAUCCUUCAACUUCAUGAUGUUUAUAAUCCGAAUAAGAUAAAUGUCACGAUAAAAAUUGUUUCUGGUUCACCUUGCGGUGCAGUGGCUGCAGAGGCUAAAAGAGCUCAAGCCAGUUGGGUUGUAGUAGACAAACAGCUUAAGCAUGAGGAAAAAAAAUGCAUGGAAGAGUUGCAGUGCAACAUUGUGGUUAUGAAGCGUUCCCAGCCAAAAGUACUUCGCUUGAAUUUGGUUGGAUCACUUCAGAAACAGCCUGAAAUAGCCCGUCCUUCACCUUCUGAGCUGGAUGAAGCAUCUAAAAAACAUUCUAAAAGGAAGAAUGAUUCCUUAAAUUCCAUUAGAGGGCCAGUCGUGACUCCAACUAGUAGUCCAGAGCUAGGGACACCUUUUACAGCCACUGAAGCCGGAACUUCAUCAGUUUCAAGCUCAGAUCCAGGAACUUCACCAUUUUUCAUCUCAGAGAUGAAUGGAGAUCUUAAGAAAGUUGAUUCACUAGUCAUUAAAGAAAACCAAGAUCCUAAUGAUACCAAUUCAGACACAGACAGCGAGCAUUUAUCUUCCUCUUCGUCAAGUUUAAGGUUCCAGCCGUGGAUGGCUGAAUUUCUAAGUUCUAAUCUUCAAUCCUCACAACACAUAGAUGGAAGCUCAAAGAGACAUAUUGAUGAGCCUCAAACAUCAAAAUCCAAAGCUUUACUAGAGAAGUUCUCAAAACUUGAUGGAGAAGCUGAAAUUGGAAUGCUGAACUAUGGAACCGAUAUAGACUUCAGUGGAAAUGUGAGGGAAGCAGUAUCCUUAUCGAGAAAUGCACCUCUUGGCCCCCCUCCAUUGUGUUCUAUAUGUCAACACAAGGCACCUGUGUUUGGAAAACCUCCAAGGUGGUUUAGCUAUGCUGAACUGGAGCUUGCUACUGGUGGAUUUUCACAAGCCAAUUUUUUGGCAGAAGGAGGUUUUGGAUCUGUUCAUAGAGGUGUAUUACCUGAUGGCCAGGCAGUUGCUGUCAAGCAACACAAAUUAGCUAGUUCUCAGGGGGAUCUUGAAUUUUGCUCAGAAGUAGAAGUUCUGAGCUGUGCUCAGCACCGAAAUGUUGUCAUGCUGAUUGGGUUCUGUAUUGAGGACAGAAGAAGGUUGCUGGUUUAUGAAUAUAUAUGCAAUGGGUCACUGGAUUCUCAUCUAUAUGGACGGCAUCAAGAUCCAUUAGAAUGGUCUGCACGGCACAAAAUUGCUGUGGGAGCUGCUCGGGGGCUACGAUAUCUUCAUGAAGAAUGCAGGGUGGGUUGCAUUGUUCACCGUGACAUGCGGCCAAACAACAUCCUCAUCACCCAUGAUUUUGAACCACUGGUUGGGGAUUUUGGCCUGGCAAGGUGGCAGCCUGAUGGAGACACAGGUGUGGAAACUAGAGUAAUUGGAACAUUUGGGUACUUGGCUCCAGAAUAUGCAGAAAGUGGCCAAAUCACAGAAAAAGCCGAUGUUUACUCUUUUGGGGUUGUAUUGGUGGAACUUGUUACAGGAAGAAAAGCUGUGGACCUCUACCGUCCCAAGGGCCAGCAGUGUCUAACGGAAUGGGCACGCCCAUUGUUGGAUGAAUAUGCCAUUGAGGAACUUAUUGAUCCACAAUUGGGGAAUCGCUAUUCAGAAAAUGAGGUGUAUUGCAUGCUGCAUGCUGCAUCUUUAUGCAUACGGCGGGAUCCUCAUUCUAGGCCUCGCAUGUCACAGGUGCUCCGCAUAUUGGAAGGUGACAUGGUCAUGGACCCUAGUUACAUGUCAACACCUGGAUAUGAUGCAGGAAACAGGAGUGGUCGGAUUUUCGCAGAGCAACAACAACAAUAUAGCGGUCACCUAACGAAAGAGCUAGAGGCAAUAGGAGGGCUUAGCGGGAAGCUGUCUCUUGAUAGUCCAAGGCUACCUUACUGGGAGAGGGACAAGGCAAGAAGGACUUCUGCAUGUGAUGAUCAUUCGUAAACAACCUCACCCCUUAAUAACUACUGCCAAGUACUGGCACGCCAAAUUAUGUUUAAUCUCUCUUCUCCUUCUCCUCUCUUAAUUUCUUUGUUUCUUAAUCUUCUGUUUCUGUUUAGUAUUUUCUUCUCCCGUUUAUAUUUUGGUUAUGUACAGAAGGGGUAGUAGGGAAUGUAGCAAGGUCUUGUAAUUCUUUUAGAAAUGAAGAAAAUGGUCUGAAAUGGCCACGUUCAAACUUCA